AUGAAAUUAUUCGUCGCGUUAUUUGCCGUUAUUGCGGCCGUUGCCGCCGCUGACGUGCCCAGCAAUGACUACUUGCCACCAACCGAAGCGGUCGCAUUUGAGCAAGUUGCCGUAGAGCCCCAGGAAGCCGCCGUCCUUGCUGAUGAUGGAUACCGUUACAAAACCGUCCGCCGCUUGAAAUACCGUCACCGUCGUGAUGUCAACGAACUCCCAUCCAACGAAUACUUGCCCCCAGUUGCUGUUGCCAGCGCACCCGUCGCUGUUGUUGAACCACAAAUUGAACAAGUUGUUUAUGAAGCUCCACAAGAAUCCGCAGUCUUGGCUGAUGAUGGUUAUCGUUACAAGACCGUACGUCGCUUGAAAUAUCGUCAUCGUCGUGAUGUUAGCGAACUGCCUUCCAAUGAGUACUUGCCUCCAGCAGCUAGUGCUCCUGUAGCUGUUGCUGAGCAACAAGUCUUUGUUGAGCCACAAGAAUCCGCCGCCUUAGCUGAUGAUGGUUACCGUUACAAGACCAUCCGUCGUCGUAAGUACCGUCACCGUCGUGAUGUUAGCGAAUUGCCUUCCAACGAAUACUUGCCCCCGGUUGCUGCAGCCCAAGAACCAGUUGUUUUUGAAGCUCCACAAGAAUCCGCCGUUUUGGCUGAUGAUGGUUACCGUUACAAGACCGUCCGCCGCUUGAAAUACCGUCACCGUCGCGAUGUCAACGAACUCCCAUCCAACGAAUACUUGCCCCCAGUUGCCAGCGCACCCGUCGCUGUUGUCGAACCACAAAUUGUUGAUAUCCCACAAGAGUCCGCCGUCUUGGCUGAUGAUGGCUACCGUUACAAGACCGUCCGUCGUCGUAAAUACCGUCACCGUCGUGAUGUUAGCGAAUUGCCUUCCAACGAAUACUUGCCUCCAGUUGCCAGCGCUCCCUUAGCUGUUGCCGAAGCACAAGUUUUUGUUGCGCCACAAGAAUCCGCCGUUUUGGCUGAUGAUGGUUACCGUUACAAGACCGUCCGUCGCUUGAAAUACCGUCACCGUCGCGAUGUUAGCGAAUUGCCUUCCAACGAGUACUUGCCUCCAGCUGCCAGCGCUCCCGUAGCCAUUGCUGAGCAACAAGUCUUUGUUGAGCCACAAGAAUCUGCUGUUUUGGCUGAUGAUGGUUACCGUUACAAGACACAGCGUCGCCUGAAAUACCGUAAACGUCGCGUUUAA